AUGGUUUCGUCAAUGAAGCAUCACAGAGAUGAGGCCGGCGCUUCCUCGUCCCUCUCCCUCUCGCUGGCCCUCGGCGCCGUGGCCGACCGAAGCAAGAAGAUGCGCCGCGGCGGCGUGGACGGCGAGUUCGUGUGCAAGACGUGCGGCCGCUCGUUUCCGUCAUUCCAGGCUCUGGGCGGGCACCGGACAAGCCACCUGCGCGGCCGCCACGGGCUCGCGCUCGGCCUCGCUGCCGGGUCCGAUAAGCCGGCGACCAAGAAGACCACGGACCAGAAGCAGGCGCACCAGUGCCACAUCUGCGGGCUCGAGUUCGAGAUGGGGCAGGCGCUUGGCGGCCACAUGCGCCGGCACCGUGACGAGGCGGUCGCCACCACGGCGCAGGCACCCCCCGUUCUGCUCCAGCUCUUCGUCUAG